CCCCCCGAAUCGUUAAAAGACUUGUUUUUAUAGAAACAGAGAAUCUUCAACCUAAAACUUAGACUCAGACUGAAACCCAAAUCACACAGAAAACAAACCAAACAAUGGGAUUUUGGAGAACUUUCACAUCAAUUUUGGUUCUGAACUUAUUCUGGUCAAAACCCAUAUGUUCAAAUUCAUUAAGUUCAGCUGAAUUAUCAGAAAUUCCAACCAAUUUCUUAAACUAUGCUAAACAACCAGAGCUUGUUAAAUGGAUGGUUGAUGUUAGAAGGAAAAUUCAUGAGAACCCAGAACUUGGAUUUGAAGAAUUUGAGACUAGUAAACUGAUUAGAAAUGAAUUAGAUAAAAUGGGUAUUACUUAUAAGCAUCCAAUUGCUGUUACUGGUAUAGUAGGUAUGAUUGGUACUGGUAAACCACCAUUUGUUGCUAUUAGAGCUGAUAUGGAUGCCCUUGCUAUGCAGGAGAGCGUAGAGUGGGAACAUAAAAGUAAAGUUCCUGGAAAAAUGCACGCUUGUGGACAUGAUGCUCAUGUUGCAAUGCUUCUUGGUGCAGCAAAAAUCCUUCAAGAUCAUCGCCAGGAACUGAAGGGAACUGUUAUCCUAGUCUUUCAACCAGCUGAGGAAGGAGCUGGGGGAGCAAAGAAAAUGGUAGAAGAGGGAGUCUUAGACAACAUUGAUGCUAUCUUUGGGCUCCACGUCUCACAUGACCUGCCAAUUGGCUCGGUUGCUUCCAGACCUGGGGCUCUUCUUGCUGGGAGUGGCUUUUUUGAGGCUGUAAUUAGUGGAAAGGGGGGUCAUGCAGCGAUCCCUCAACAUACAAUUGAUCCAAUUGUAGCCGCAUCAAGUGUAAUUGUUAGCUUGCAACACCUUGUCUCACGUGAAGCUAAUCCACUGGAUUCACAGGUUGUAACAGUUGGAAAAUUCCAAGGAGGUGGGGCAUUCAAUGUUAUUCCAGAUUCUGUCACCAUUGGAGGCACUUUUAGAGCCUUCUCGGCAGAAAGCUUUGCGCAACUCAAGAAACGAAUCGCAGAGGUUAUCAAGGCACAAGCUGCUGUUCAGAGAUGCAAUGCUACGGUCGACUUCCAUCCAGAGAAUAAGAUAUUUUUCCCCGUAACUGCUAACAGCAAAGUAUUACAUAAGCAUUUCGAAAAUGUCGCAGGGGAUAUGCUGGGGACCGAUAACGUCAAAGACAUGCAACCAUUAAUGGGAUCGGAAGACUUCUCAUUUUACUCAGAGGUGAUACCAGGAUGCUUCUCUUUCAUAGGAAUGAAAAAUGAAACACUUGGAAAACUUGCAUCUAUGCACUCACCAUAUUUCACCAUCAAUGAAGAUGUGCUUCCUUACGGUGCAGCUUUACAUGCAUCAGCAGCUACUCGGUAUCUCCUUGAAUUCAAAUCAAAAUCUCAUAUCUUUGAUCAAAAGAUCCGUGAUGAGUUGUAAGGUGUUUCUACUAAAUGGCAGCAGUAGUGGGUUCAUUUCAUAUGACCAUGCUAAUUUGCAAAGCCUUACCAAACUUUUCACAGGUCCUAGGCAAACACCGAAAUUUGGGGACUAAAAAAACGUCCCGAUUGUUUAAAGUAAAAAGAUAAGAUAUGUAAUAUACAAUAAAAUUUGCAAAUAGGCUUCCUAAUAAAAGUUUACCUUCCUAGCCUUCUCGAUGCGAAUUCAUCGA